GCGAAGGACACUCUUUAACAAGGCCACCACUCUUUAAUGGAGUAAAUUACUCUUAUUGGAAAGAUAGAAUGAGAAUCUUCAUUCAAUCCAUUGAUUACACACUAUGGAUGGCAAUCAACAACGGAGUUUCUCUCCCAACGAAGAAGGCGGGCAAGAAAAAAGUAAAGAAACUCGAGGAGGAAUACAAUGAAGAGGAUAUCAAGAAGGUGGAAAAAGAUGCAAAAGCUCUUAACCUUCUACUUUGUGCAAUUGACGCGCAAGAAAUUCAAAAGUUCUCCGGAUAUCAAACGGCUAAGAAUCUAUGGGAUGGCAUGCGUGAGAAAUACGAAACUCUACAAGGAGAAAAAGAAGUAACCCAUAUUUGUCUCAUGGCCAAUGAAAAAGAAAAGGUCAGUUUAAUCUACAGGGGCCCAGGUUCUUCUCCAACAGCUAUAAGCCAAGCUAAUAAAGCUCUAGCCACAGGAUUUGACACUACCCCUAAAGGAAAAGAUCCUCUUCCUAACCAAGAGACUAUUAUUAGCUCAAUUUUAGUGGAGGGACCUACUCACCAGGAGGCUGCAGGAGUUUUGACAGUAUCCUCUCCAUGGGGCCUACACAGCCUCUUCAAUGUUCAGGAGCACUUUCCCUCAUUUUCUGCAGCAAAAAAAUUUGCUUCCAAAUUAUUCCUGCAUCCAGAAGAUAGCAAUCAGGAUAAAAUCAACAAAUACAAGGACAGCCUAAAUUCCACUGAUUUUUCUCUCCAUCCAAAAUCUCUACCUAAGGGAUCCAAGGAUGACUCCCUUAUGAAUCAGAUUCAAUUAAUUGAUAUAGAGGAUUUGGGUUCUGAUAAAGAAAGUGAGGAUAAUGUCAUCAAUGAAGCAGGGACGUGUAUUGAUGCUUGUGGGCUUCACUCACCUCCCUUCACUGGUGGGAUUUUCACUUGGACUGGAGUAAGAAGUAAGGGAAAACUUUGGAGGAGAUUAGAUAGGGUUCUCAUCAACUCUAAUGCUAAUAUCCUUUUCAGUGAUAUUAGCAUCUCCCACCUCAGUAAGACUUCAUCUGAUCACAAACCUAUUCUUCUCCUUUGUAAGGAAGAGGGAUUCCAAGGGCCUAAACCCUUCAGGUUUCUUAAUGUCUGGGCCACCCAUCACAAUUUCUUAACUACAGUUAAUGAUUAUUGGGUUAAUAGCCCGAGGACUGGAGGUAUGGCAGGUCUAGCUAUGAAGCUUAAGGGUCUUAAAUCUACUCUUUCUAAUUGGAACAAACUGCACUUUGGCAAUAUCUUCCAAGAGGUGAAAGACAAUGAAAUUAAAGCUUGUAAGGCUCAAGAAGAAUAUGAAUUUGAUCCUAAUGAAGAGAAGAGGAUUGCUGCCAAUCUUGCUGCUGCUAAUCUCACUGUUAGCCUUAACAGGGAAGUUUCCUUCUGGAAACAAAAAGCUAACAUAAAGUGGAUGUCUGAGGGGGAUUGCAAUUCCAAGUUUUUUCACUCUUUUGUUAAACACAAAAGAAGUAAACUUACUAUCAGAUCAAUUCAGGAUGCUAAUGGCAACCAUCACUCAACUCAGGAGGACAUUAGCAGGGAGGCAGUCAAUUACUUCUCUGAGUGCUACACAACUGUUAAUCACCCAGAUACUGCACUUAUUACCAACUUUAUUCCUCAAGUUAUCGAUGACCUUCACAACCAGAUGCUUUGCUCUAUGCCAAUAGAAUCAGAGAUCUACUCUGCAAUCUGGGCUCUUAAUUCAGAUAGUGCAGCAGGCCCUGAUGGCUUCAAUGGCUACUUUUUUAGAACUUGUUGGCACAUUAUCAAGAGGGAUGUUAUUCUAGCCUGUCAGGAGUUCUUUUUGGGAAUUCCGAUUCCUAAGUCAUUUGGGAGCACCUUCAUUACUCUGAUUCCUAAAGUUGAAGACCCAAAAAGUUUUGGUGAUUUUAGACCCAUUUCCCUCUCCACUUUCAUGAAGUCCCUGGGCAUGGAUCAUGGGACCCUUCCAUUCACCUAUCUUGGGGCUACUAUGAUCAAAGUCCACUGCCUGCCCCAAUCAAUCAUUAAGAGUCUGCACAUGAAAAUGGCUAAUUUCCUUUGGGGUUUCAAGAAUGGUAAACCUAAGUAUCAUUGGAGUCAGUGGAAGAACAUCUGUGUUCCAACUGCAGAGGGAGGGCUAGGACUGAGAAGUCUGGAAGAUAUCCAAGAUGCUUACUCAAUUAAACUUUGGUGGAAAGUUCAAACUGACACUACCAAAUGGGCCAAGUUUAUGAGAGCCAAGUACCUUAGACAAAAGGAUUUUGAAGAAAGACUUUAUGAUUCACCUGUUUGGAAAAGAAUAUGCAGAAUUCACAACAUUGCCUCAGAAAACUGCAGUGAUAUGGGUGACCAGAUUACCUGGAUUGAUGGAGAGUUCUCUCUUAAAAAAGCAUACAACAUUUGCAGACAAGCCAAACCCACUCAAAUCAAUUACAUAUACUGCUGUAAUAAGGAUCAAAUCCCCAAGUCUCACCUCAUUCGUGAGACUCAGGUGGCGUGAGUUCGUCGUACAACCUAGGCGAAUCUCAUAGCGCAAGGGUUGUCCUUGCACGUUUAGGUUCAUGCAUCAUGUUAUCAUCAUCAAGUACAUUGAUUACAUAGGUGUCAUGUAAUCAUCAUCAAGAACAAUCAAAUUGAUUAAAUGAGAAAUCAUGUU